AUGUCAACACAUGGGCCACCCCCGCGUCGCAUUGUCACCAUCAAUGGCAGCGCUUCUGCAAAUGACAACUCUGGAUCCUGGGAACCCGCAGUCACGAUAGUUGAAGAAGAGAUCCCCCGCGUAUCAUUGCUUCAGGAUCAAGCGGCAAAAUAUCCCAUCUUCACCCACAUGCAGGUGCCGGUCGAUGCUAAUGAGCCAUGGAAGAGUCCUGAGGCACAAGCCGACGCGAUACCUCACCAAGGAGUCAACGUGCAAUUUCUCGACCUUGCACCAGGUGCCAGGGUGCCCCUGCAUCGCACAAUAUCUGUGGAUUAUAUGAUCUUCUUGUCAGGCGAAGUGAUCCUCGGCGUGCCAGACAAAGCCUACGAUGCCUCAAAGGGAGAAGCACCCUUGAUUCGCAGAAUCACAUGCCGGCCUGGGGAUGUCGUUGUCCAGCGAGGGACACUUCACUACUGGGAGAAUCCAUCUCAGACCAUCUGGGCACGGUAUGUUGGCGUGGGAGUUCGUUCGCAGCCUCUGAAGAUUGCUAUUGAGAAUGAAAACACAGGUCACGAAAAUAGCAAAUGGACGCGAGAACUCCAGCCAGCCUGGUACUCAUGA